AUGGUACUUUGGCCAAGUUUAUGGUCUGUUAACUUGAUGCAAUCAAACAUAGAGGAGCCAUUAAACAGGCAGCCGGAAAUUCCUGAACAAACUACUAACCAAUGUACGGAAAGUAUGAUAUCAAAUAGUGAAAAAUGUACACCAUUCUUAGUAUCAUCACCAUUAUCAACAUCAUCAUCACCAACUACUUCUAAUUUUCAAAAGAAAUUUGAAAUUCAAGAAGGACCAAACCAGAAAAGCAGCUGUUCUGAACCAGACAAAUUUGAGAACGGAAAAUGUUCUUCAUCUAAUAAGCCUACUGAACUAUUGCAAGAUAUCCAUGAAUCUGUACCUAGCUGCGUGUUUUUAUUACGUUCACAUCCCGUUCUUGGUUUGUUACCGCAUGAAAUUGCUUCCAGAGUGGAUAGUUAUAAAGCUUCUAAAAUGUGUCAUAUAUGCUUAAAAGAAUUCACCGAUGAAAUGACAGUACUCCAUCAUCAAGUUGAAGCGCAUAGUCUUGAAGAUGUUUAAAAUAUAUGUACGACAG